UUCCUCAGUUUGGAAAGUUAAAAAAAAAAAGAGUCUGCCUACGAGACACACGACUGUUGAGCUUGACGACUGGCACAGUAGUAUUACGUGAAUUCAGAUGGCUUCCCCGUCUCUCCGUGUAACUGUCUCCAAAAUUUUAUCAGCAGACAUCGCUUGCCUCCCUCCCUCUGAGCCUUGAAGUCCAUCAGUUUGGAGAGCAAGAUGACUGCUGGGUUUCUCUGAGGGUCAGGCACAGAGCCUGGACUCUUGGAAGGCAUUGGGAUGCUGGUUAAAGUUCAGAGGGGCACUUUUCAUCUGCUCAGAAGCCUACAGCUUGUGAAGGCUGUGUCCCAAUGGGGCUUCCUUCCCAGUGCUAUUUUUAGACCAUGGGUGCAGUAAAUCACAUUCUAGUAGGUAAAAUACACAGAGACCAUCAGACAACUGAGAAAUACAUGGUGGGAAAAAAAUUUUUUUAAUAUUUAUUUACGUGUUUGGUUGUGCUGGGUCUUAGUUGUGGCAUGUGGGAUCUUUAGCUGCAGCAUGCGGAAUCUUCUUCCCUGAGCAGGGAUUGAACCCGGGCCCCCUGCAUUGGGAGCGCAGAGUCUUAACCACUGUGCCACCAGGGAAGUCCCAUGGUGGAAAUGGUUCACUCUGCCAGACUAAGAAAUACAAAUAGGGACUUCCUAGGUGGCACAGUGGUUAAGAAUCUGCCUGCCAAUGCAGGGGACACGGGUUCGAUCCCUGGUCCAGGAAGAUCCCACAUGCCUCAGAGCUGCAACUAUGAGCCUGUGCUCUAGAGCCCGUGAGCCACAACUAUUGAGCCCCUGUGCUGCAACUACUGAAGCCCCCACACCUAGAGCCUGUGCUCGGCAACAAGAGACGCCCGAGCACCGCUGUGAAGAGUAGCCCCCACCCCCACCCCCACCCCACUCGCUGCAGCUAGAGAACGCCCAUGCGCAGCAGCAAAGACCCAGUGCAGCUGAUAAAUAAGUCAGUGAAUUUAUUUAAAAAAGAAAGAAAGAAAUACAAAUAGAACCUGUUGACCCUCGUUUCUAGCUAUGUGACUAACAGCGAUUUGUGCUGACGAUACCUGGGUGUGAUGAACAUGAAAUAGUGGUUCAUUGCCGGUGUGGGUGGGAAUAAAGGUAUUCUGGAAGAGAACUCGUCAGUGUGUUUCAAGGGCCUUUCAGAUAUUUCUGUCGUCCAGCUGAGUAAUAGCUCAUUUGUGAGUCUUGAUCAGAUCAUAUUCCUAGGUUCAUCUCACCAUAAUUAAAAACAACCACUUAACACCAGAGGCGCGGGAUUGUCCCCAGGCUGUGGUGUUGCUGACCUUCGACCUUCGUGACACGGGAAGACGUUGAAGGCCAGGUUACGAGCGGAGUGAUCUCAGUCGUUUGAAGGAAAACUGGACAGACUUAUACCCUGAUGCUAAAGUGACUGCUUCUCAGAGUUUGAAGGAUGACCUCGAGGAAGAAAGUGCUGCUGAAGGUUAUCAUCCUGGGAGAUUCUGGAGUCGGUAAGACAUCACUCAUGAACCAGUACGUGAACAAGAAAUUCAGUAAUCAGUACAAAGCCACAAUAGGAGCAGACUUUCUGACAAAGGAGGUGAUGGUGGAUGACAGACUAGUUACAAUGCAGAUCUGGGACACAGCCGGCCAGGAGCGGUUCCAGUCCCUGGGGGUGGCCUUCUACAGGGGCGCAGACUGCUGCGUUCUGGUGUUCGACGUGACCGCCCCCAACACGUUCAAAACCCUCGACAGCUGGAGAGACGAGUUCCUCAUCCAGGCCAGCCCCCGGGAUCCUGAGAACUUCCCCUUCGUCGUGUUGGGAAACAAGAUUGACCUCGAAAACAGACAGGUGGCCACCAAGCGGGCACAGGCGUGGUGCUACAGCAAAAACAACAUUCCCUACUUCGAGACCAGUGCCAAGGAGGCCAUCAACGUGGAGCAGGCGUUCCAGACGAUCGCCCGGAACGCGCUGAAGCAGGAAACAGAGGUGGAGCUGUACAAUGAAUUCCCUGAGCCCAUCAAACUGGACAAGAACGACCGGGCCAAGGCCUCGGCGGAAACCUGCAGCUGCUGAAGGGGCGGAGAGAGCAGAGCACAGAGUCCUUCACGAACCAAGAACACACGUAGGCCUUCCACCACGAGCCCCUCUCCUCUCCACAGAGUCAUCUCUCACAUCCAGCUGCCAAAAGAACCCCCCAACCACACUCUCCCCUGCGCGUGCGCGCACACACACACACCUGACACAGACAGACUCCACAGCCGAGGCCCGUGACGGCUCCAACGGGGCCCCCGCGUCAGCCCUCGCGUGGCCGCAGGACGGGCCGGCUGCAGAAACGUCCCGGUGUGGAGUUGGCAUCGGAAGCUUCUUCUUGUCCACUGGAGAGAGAGAACUGUUUACAGUUAAUCUGUGUCUAAUUAGUUCUGAUUUUUUUAACCGUCUUGUGGUCUUUUUACCCCCCCCCCCCCCCACUCCCCUCACCCCCGUGAAGGCUACCACUCGGGAAGGCCGUGCCCUGCGCUGCAUUACAGGCUCACACCCAGUCUGGUCAGGCUGAGUUUUGUAUGUAUCUGUUAAUGCUUGUUACUUUUAACUAAUCAGAUCUUUUUACAGUACCCAUUUAUUAUGUAAUGCUUCUUAGAAAAGAAUCUUAUAGUACAUGUUAAUAUAUGCAACCAAUUAAAAAUGUAUAAAUUAGUGUAAGAAAUUCUUGGAUUACGUGUUAAGUCCUGUGAUGCAGGCGUAAAGAUGGAGGCUUGAACCCUGUCUGGGUCACAGAGUGUUUAGCAGCUCAGACCCAAGAGGCCCAGCUGGAGGCAGUAUUCUGUACAGUAGACACGAGAAUUACGUACGCCUUUUAUCAAAGACUUCAGAGCCAAAAAGCUUUUCAUCUCUCUGGGGGGAAAUUGUCUAGUUCCCUUCUGUAUCUAAAUUUUCCAAGAGGUUGAUUUGCAUAAUACCAUGGUGUGUGCAAUGGAGAAACAGCUGUUUCAGAAAUUAAAACUCUCACUUUUCUUUUGUUCCCCCCGCUCCACACUUUGAAACUCCCCUAUUAGAUCAGCAUCCACGUCCACGAGGGAAAGGAAAACCCUACCACCCCGUCCUAGUGACUUUACCUUUGUUCUAGAAGGCGCUCCUUUUGGGGUUGUGGCAUCCUUAGGUGAGCAAACCUUUUCUCCUCCUCCCCACCGACUCCCCAGCACUGCCCGCCCCGUGACUUCCCCGUGUCCUGGGGGUGGAGCCCGGCAGCUCUGCACCAGGACCUGCCCGCGCUGCAGCUUCUUCUCAGAGCACCUCCCUCUCUCCAGAGCCUGCAUUCUAGGGUGUGGGCCAGGUUCUUCUGUAAAGAGACGAGCGUGAUGCCAAUAAAAUGUAACAACAA